AUGGGUCCAAAACAUAAUCGUGGAGGCAAAUCACCACAAGGUGGUCAAUCUCACCAACAACAACAACAACAACAGCAGCAGCAACAACAAGCACCUCCACCAGUCCAACAACAAGCACCUCCACAGCAAUCGGCAUGGGGUAAACCACCUGGUUUUGAUCAACAGUCGUCGCCUGCUGGUGGUGGCGGACAACGUGGUGGAAGAGGUGGAGGAAGAGGUGGCAGAGGUGGACAACGUGGUGGUGCUCCUGCUGUCCGUGAACAACAUCAACAACCUGAGCAUGAAGAAGAGGUGAAAUGGACACCGACACCAACUACAACCACUACCACAACAACCACAACAACCACUCCCUCUACUCCGACACCAUCUCCACAACCAGUGGCUGCUACUGGUGGCUGGGGACAAGGUGGUGCCGCUGCUGUCAUCAAAUCUGCAUGGGGACAGCCACCACCCAUCCAAGCAGCUGUCUCUGCACCACCAACUACAACCUCUGUCCAACAACCAGCUUCCACAUCAACAACCACCACAACUACAACAACAACUACUUCCUCAUCAUCAUCUUCUUCUUCUUCUUCUGCUGCUGCUGGUGGCAGACAAGGUAGAAGUAGAGGAGUUAGAAUUGAGGAUAUUGAUGUUCAAGGUUUGGCUAUCAAAAAGUCUGGUGUUGAACCAUCAGCUCAACAAGCAAUACAAUUGAUUGUCAACCAAUUCCCAUUGACUUUUAAAAGUCAAAAGUUAUUCCAAUAUGCUGUUGAUUUUACUCCAGCUGUUGACAAUCGUACAACUAAAUACGAUAUGUUGCAAUCGAUCGUUGAUCAAAUUGGUUUGUUCCAAUAUGAUGGUGUAGGUGUUUUGUAUUCAACCAAAAACAAUCCAACCCAAUCAUAUAAACUUGCCGGUAGUCAAACAAUUCAAAUCCAAUACGUAAAGGAAAUCACCAAGAAUGAUCCUGCAUCCAUCCAUUUCUAUAAUAUUUUAUUUAAAAGAUUUAUGAGAGAGAUGGGAUUCUCUAUUAUUGGUAGACAAUACUUUAGUAGUCAGAAAAUUCAUAGUAUCCCACAGCACAACCUUGAAAUUUGGUCUGGUUUCUUCACAUCGAUCAACUCUAUUCAAGUUGGCACUUCGCUUUUGGCUGAUGUCGCUCACAAGGUGGUUAGAACUCAACCAAUCAAUCAAUUGAUUCAGGAUAAACUUGCCAAUCGUGCUACCAAUGCCGAUAUUGAAAAUCUUUUGAUUGGAAGUAUUGUCAUCACCAAGUACAACAACAAGACCUAUCGUGUAAGUGGUAUCGCCUGGAACAAGACACCAAAAGAUAAGUUUGAAUCUAGCAGUGGUCCAAUCUCAUUCAUUGACUACUACAAAAACAACUAUCCAAAACACAAGGUCACCAAUAUGAACCAACCAUUGUUGGUCUCUGAUGUCAAACAUAAAGGAGCAGUCGAAAGGAUCUAUUUGAUUCCGGAGCUCACUUUCCUCACUGGUAUGUCCGAUGAGAUUACAAGCAACCGUCACAUUAUGAUGGAUCUAUCGAAACACACCAACACAGAGCCAAGAUCGCGUAUGGAAGAGCUUACCAAUUUCAUUUCGACCAUGAGAACACACCCCAAGAUUAAAGACACCAUUGAAAAGUGGGGAUUCAAUCUCGGUGAACCACUAAAGGUCGAUGGUUUGAAACUUCAAGAUCCUGCUAUUGUACAAUCGUUGAACCAACUCAAGGGACAACGUUGGUUGGUGAUAUCUGGCGAUCGUGAUCUAGAUGUCGCCAGAGAGUUCUCUGACAAGUUGUGCAAACUGUCGUCACUUGCCAAACCCGAUAUCAUCCAAGUUGAAGGAAAGGUAUUCGAUGCCAAAGCUUGGUCUGAAACCAUCAAGAAAAACCUUGGUAAAGGCUACAUCUUCUUCUUUUGCCUUAUUCCAUUUGGAAAAGCAGACGUUUAUGCUGCCAUCAAAAAGAGUACACUCACUCAGUUCAAAGCAAUCACUCAAUGUGCUUAUGCAAAGACACUUGGAAUCACCGGAAUGGCAGUGGCCAAGAAGAUCCUCCACCAAUUGAUUGCCAAGCUCGGUCGUAGUCCAUGGAGUAUCUCCAAUCCAGUCUACAAGAUGCCAAAGCAUACUAUGAUCGUAGGAAUCGAUGUCGGUCACAAUUCCGAUCAGAGAGGCAAGUCGGUCGUCGGUUUCUGUGCAUCGAUCGACUCGGAAUACUCGCUCUAUCACACCACAGCCAUUGUCCAGUCCACUCCGGGCAAGGAGAUUGUCGAGUCGUUGAGACCAUCGAUGAAAGGUGCACUUCAAGCAUACCUCAAGAAGAAUCAAAGACUGCCAGACGUCGUCAUUGUCUAUCGUGACGGUGUUGGUGAUGGUAUGCUCGACCUCGUCAAAAAGUAUGAGAUCUCAGCGAUCAAAGAGGCAUUCAAUGACAUUCCAUCGAUUCACGGUCUUCAUCCAAAGCUGAUCUACACCGUCGUCAAGAAGAAUACCAACUCGAGAUUCUUUGACAUCAGAAAUAACUAUGGCAAUCCAGUUGCCGGUACCCUCGUGGAAAAAGGUUGCACUCAUGCCAAUUGGUACGAUUUCUACUUGGUGUCACAAAAGGCGCCAAAAGGUUGUGUCAAUCCAACGCACUACCACGUCAUCCAUGACGAGUCUGAUAUACCUGCCAGUACAUUCCAUCUAUUCACCUACCAUAUGUGUUAUAUGUAUUACAACUUUGAUCAAUCCGUACGUGUACCAGCUCCAUGUCAAUACGCUCAUAAAUUGGCAUUCCUCAUUGGUCGUACUGUUCACGCGCAAGUCGCCGAGGAACUCAGUCUCAACUUUGAAUAUAAGAUAAAUUUAUGUUAUUAA